GAUAUUAAUUAUUUGAUUAUUUGUGAAGCUUUAGUCUAUUUUGUUUCAACUUGUGAAAGUAUUCAUUUUUAGCAUCCAAUUGUAUUCUUAUGAUUUGGUAUUAAAGCUUUUGUAAUGCUGUUGGCUUUUAUUCUCUUUUAUUCUAAUGGAAUUAGUGUUGCAAAAAUGCUCCACUGGCUUGCCCAGGCCCUAGUCAAUGGAGUUUGGCAUUUUUAUUAUUUUUAAAUUUUUCUUGUUUUAUUUUGGCAUUUUUUUGCAAAAAUGUAAAAAUGUUUUAUUUUUGAAUUUUUUUGCAAAAAUAUGAAAACGCCUAGAGCUCCUCAGUGGUGCUUACGCACCACCUGGGCAUUAGGUGGUGGCCCAAAUUUCAGGCACUGCCCAGUGCCUUUUUCAACACUGAAUGGAAGGAGUAGGAGGUAGAAGGAAGAAGAGGUAAAGGUGGAUGUGGAAGAGGAAUUUUGGUGAUAGUAGAAUUCCAAAGAAGAAAAGGUAGUUAAAAUUCGAGCACUUCAGGAGCUAUGAUUCAUAGUAAGUGAAUCUUUUUUUAGAAGGCAUGUACAAAAUCUUUUGCUGAAAGGUGGAUAAGAACACCAUUGAAUGAUUCAUUCAAUCUUAAAAUUUGGCAAGAUUGAUUUGCUGCAGUUCCAUGGUUGAUUGCACCCAAUGGGGUUUCUCUAUUGACUUAGUGCUUUGGAAAGUUCUUUGAACAUAAAGAUGUUCAUGAAAAUAAAAUGUUGAAGCUUUUUGCAACAUUGUUUUGAGGCUAUGCUUUGAUAUGGUUGAUAAAGUGCAAGGGAUGAGAUUAUGCAAAGGCAAGCCAAAGAUCGCUUCUAGGGAGAACUCUUUCGAGAAGAUGGGAAUUCUUUGAAUACAAAGAUGGUCAUCAAAAUAAAAAGUUGAAGCUUUUUGCAUUUAAUAUUUUUUAAUGCAAUUUAACUAUUUGGAGCAAGGAAGCAAAGGUGUUAAGAGUAUACUGAAGAAUUUUUCAAGUUGAUGGGUAGAAAUAAUUUCAUGUACUAGGAGAUCAGCUCAUGGCAAGAUAAUGGGUUGAAGGUUGAAUAACACAUCUAUCAAUUGGCCUUGAAGGUUUUAGAAAUGUUGGUUAGACAAGAAGCGAAGAUGAUUGAUGUUUGGAGUCAUUACAAAUCAAAAGGUGAACCCUCCCGCAAAUUUGUUUCUAAUAAAUGUGGAGGUAACAAAAGUGAAACCAAUGCAACUUCUAGUUAUAAUAAUAGAGGUAAAUUUAGUUUUAAGUGUGGUUAACCUGCUUAUUAAUUGAAUGGAUGCCUAAAAAGUAGUGAACCAUGCAUUAACAUUGUAAUAAUGACAAAGGAGAUGAGCAUUCAGUGGAGAAUGAUAUCAAGCCAAAGUAUGAUGAUGAUAAGCUAGAGAGUGUGAGGAGAUUGAACCAGUACAUGGUGAGUGUUUGAUGAUACAAAGAUUCUUGCAUCACCUAAGCAAGGCUAUAAGAAGGAUUGAUUUCAGAAUAGUAAUAUUUUCAAAACAAGAUUGGAGUCUGAUGGAAAGGUAUGUUCUCAUCAUUUAUGGAACUAGUCUUGAGAAAAAAAAAAUUUUCUGCAGGGAUGGUGGGCAAACUCACUCUCAAAACUAUUCUAUAUUCCCAAUCAUAUUCUUUUUAAUGGAGAAAGAAGGACAAAAAGAUAAAGAUUGAUAAGAAAUGUCUUGUUUCAUAAUGAAGUUUGGUGUGAUGUAGUUCCUAAAGAGCUAUCAAGUGGUCUUCACUGGAAAAGUUUAUGUUUUGGUGGCAUUGAUAAAUGCAUUACAAAUGUCCUCGAUAUUACUUUUUCAAGAGAACAACUGCCAAUCUUUUUGGAUCUAUCAAUUUAGCCUAUAUUUGCUACAAUUACAAAGCUUUAUAGGCCUUACUCUGAUUUUAAAAUGUGGUUUGUGCUCUGUGGAUAAGAGAGGAUCUGAUGUGUACUUUUCAUUUUGAAAUUGUUAUACUUGAGAAAACUGUCACUUUUGGAGAUGUUUAGCAAGGUUUUCUAUUGUCCAACUUGUUUGAUAUCAUAUCAGGAUAGGUAAGACUCAUGGAACAACUUGUUUUGCUGAGAUCUACAUUUUGAUAUUUGACUAUUCUACUUAACCACUGACGUUAGCUAAAAUCUAAAUACUGAAUGAAGGGAUUUUAGUUCA